AUGGCAUGCGCAUUCGGGGAUGUGUCUUGUGCUGUCCAGUCCGGUCUGGUUUCGUCUCGUCAGGCUGUGGUCUCGCUCAUCGUACCUGUUCCCGAGAUCGAUUCGUCCAUGGAAUGCACAGUCCUCAACCCUGGCGAGUGUCUCGUGAAGUACUUUGAGGACAACAAGUACUCAGUCGUCCCCUUCUCUGACCUCCAGCACUUUAAGCCCACAACCAUCCCCUUCCUCGAGUUUGAACUCGCUGCCGGCCAAAAGUUCCUCAAGAACGGAGGCGUCGUUAACGCACUGUCCUACCUCGAUUCGGGCAAGGUCAAGCGCCGUUUCUCUUGGAACCGCUGGGGCUCUGCUCAGGACCAAGACUUGAACCUGGAUAUGCAGCGAAGCAAGGCGAUCAAUCUGCCCUUGAUUACUGACGAGGAGUACCUUGGAUCCCAGCCGCAGUCCCAAGCGGUUGUCGCCUCGCACUUAUCCUCCGCCGCUUCAUCACCCGCUGUCUCGACCAAGGACGAUACGGACAUUGAAUUCGGAAGCAAUGAUCCGCUACACACCCAAAGUCAAUCAGGUUCCGGUCUCGUAUCGGGUGCUUUAUCAUCGAUGCCCCUGACUCCUUCUUCGUCGGCCUCGUCUUCCUUGAUUAGCACAACAACAACAAUAACAGCAGCGGCAACACAAGCAGCGGGAAAUACUCUCAAGAAUGGGAUGCAGCGUCCAGUCGCAGGAGGAGGAAUAUCAUUGCAGCAGCAGCAGACAGCGACGACUCUGCUCCCUUCUCCCGUUAGCCUGCAGGACCUGGCCACAGCCGAACCAAUGGACGAAAUUGAGUUUGGGACCCGCUCGACAAAAACCAAGACCGAGGGGACAGCCACAAAAGACAGUCCUGUCUCUGGUCGAUCAAGGUCCCGCCGCGGAAGUCGGGAGGUCGACCCCAAAACAUCCUCGUCUUCACCCGCCACUUCUCUCUCUGCUGCCACGUCGACAUCUUCUCCCAAGGACACCACUUCCAAGGCAGCAGCAGCAGCAGCAGACAAGAAGGAAAACUCGAAGCGGUCCCGCAACGCCAGCGAACAGUCCUCGUCGCCCGGCUCCUCCUCCUCGGGCAGCAACAGCAACAACAACAUCGCAGUAACGACACCCUCGACAGAGGCAGGAUUAACCCCAGCAUCUGGGUCAGGCGAGGUCAUCAAGAGACGGAAAACAGGGGGAGAGCCUACCAUUUCGACAGACUCUCAGAGCAUGGCGCCAGAAUCAGGAGCAGCGGUUUUGGCUCGAUCUUCAAGACAGGGAUCAGUCGAAUCUAACACGUCACCACGGUCUACUCGACAUUCCUCUCGUCACUCGAAAGCCCCUGAAAACAUCCAGCAAGCUGGACAAGGCGAGCCAAGAUCCGAAUCACCCGUUGAGCCUACUGUCUCGGCACGGCUACCAACACAUCGCAUGACUCGCCAGCGAUCCAUGCCCAAGAGCGCCAACUCUCUCCCACCGCCAGCGCCACCAAUAACAGUGCAGACAGCCUCAAGUGAGGCAGAGCAGACGUCAAAUACUCUUGACGUCAAGGAGGGUAAAGCACUUCACACCGAGGAGACGACCAAGAAUGAAGAGACCGAGGAGACAAAGCCAUCGACUGGUGCAGCAACAACAGAGGAGGAGUCGACAGCGAUGGAUGUGGACGAACCAGAACCAAAGUCUACCAGAAACCAAGGUCGAGGCCGGGAAAAGUCUGGAUCGAUUCCACCAUCGUCUUUGGUCUCGACAACAGCAUCCUCGGCGACCUCGUCGCCAUCAUCUAUGGGACCAGAUGAUGGACAGAUGCCAUCAUCAGCGUCGACAACCUCGUCGACGACUUCGACUAACGGACGACUCCAGUCUUUGGUUCUAGACCGACAGGGGAUGGAUCGCGGGUUUGAGAUUGUGUUGCCGACACUUGCGAUUGGAUCAAAGGAGCGGGAGGCGUUCUAUGAGAACAUUAUGGAUCAUAUGCAGAAACUGCGACAGGAGCAUCGUCGACUGAAGGAAGUCCUGAAGAGCUCAGAGUACGUCCCCAAGGGUCGUCGUGCUACACGGUCCUCGCCCCAAUACUACGCGUCCCACCACCAUCAUCGUCACCAUCACCGCCGCCAUUCGCCUGCAGAGGAGAAGCAAAGUCAUCGGAACGAGUCCCCAGCACUGUCCAAAAGCAGUUCCGCCAGCACACCCAACCCUAAUAGUGGCAACGGCAACAGCAGUAGUAGCAGCAUCAAGGAGAACCAGGCUACACCAUCAUCCAAGGCAUCCUCAUCCACAGCAACCGCGGCAGCUGUAACAAAGGCGGAAGCAGCGGCGGCCAAGGCGGAAGCAGCAGCAGCCGCAGCAGCCGCAGCAGCAGCCACCCUAAUCUACCAGGGCUCGACACCUUCGUCUGCUAUUUUGACAUCCAACAUCUCGACAACGACGCGUCGAUCGGCGGCGACGGCAGCAGCAGCAGCGGUGACAGCCACGGUGUCACGAGCGAGUCGACAGAGCCACCAAAGCAGCGGAUCGAAUGGAUCGAAUGGCGAUAAGGAGUCCAAGAGACGAGGAGCGGCCGCGGCAGCAGCAGUAGCACAGGUACAGGCAUCAGCACCUGUGAUCACAAGCGAUGGUGGGGCCAUCACCACGCGUGCCAAGCGACGGCUUCGCUGA